AUGUUCAAUGAUAUUAUAGGACCCAAUCUUGGAGGCACAACUGCCAGUGAUAGCAAUGCACAAGGACUGCAGGAUCAGCUGGAGGAUUCCUACGGGAAAAUUUGUAAAAGAUUUCAGAUUGGAAUAGCAGUCUCCAAACUGUUCAAAUCAACUUCCUAUUUCAAAAGCUGUAAGAUAAGAAAGAAAGAGGCUUGCCAUGGAUGUACAUCAGGAUCCAAAUGUGACUGUAGUGGAGUAAAAGGCGAAAAGGGCGAGAGGGGGUUCCCAGGGUUAGGUGGUCAGCCCGGUUUACCUGGGUUUCCGGGACCAGAGGGACCUCCUGGCCCAAGAGGCAUAAAGGGUGAUGAUGGCCUUCCAGGGCCUACCGGACCCAAAGGAAUCAGAGGACCUCCAGGUCUGCCAGGAUUUCCAGGAACACCAGGACUUCCUGGGUUACCAGGGCAAGAUGGGCCACCAGGACUUCAAGGUAUCCCCGGAUGCAAUGGAACAAAGGGGGAACGUGGAUUCCCAGGUAGUCCAGGUUUUCCAGGUUUACAAGGUCCUCCUGGACCUCCUGGCCUACCAGGUAUGAAGGGUGAUCCGGGUGAAAUAAUUUUGUCAUCGCUGCCAGGCCAGAAAGGUGACCCAGGAUUUCCAGGACUUCCAGGGUUACAAGGCCCACCUGGUCCCUUGGGCGCACAAGGUCCUAUUGGUCCCCCUGGGCCACCAGGUUUAACGGGACCUCCUGGUCCAAAAGGGCUUCCAGGGCCUAAGGGUAAUAUGGGUUUGAACUUCCAAGGACCCAAGGGUGAAAAAGGUGACCAAGGCCUUCAGGGACCUCCAGGGCCACCAGGACAAAUUGGGGAGCAGAAGAGACCAAAUGACGUAGAGUUUCAGAAAGGAGAUCAGGGUAUUCCAGGAGAACGAGGUCCACCAGGACCCCCUGGGCCAGAAGGUCCUCCUGGUCCUUCCGGUGGCGUGAAAGGUGAAAAAGGUGAGCAAGGAGAGCCAGGCAAAAGAGGGAAACCUGGCAAAGAUGGAGAUCCUGGCCAGCCCGGUAGGGAUGGUUUACCUGGCGAGCCUGGUUUAAAUGGUGUUCCAGGAAGAGAUGGUGAAAAGGGUCUGAAAGGUGAACGUGGUCUGCCUGGUCCUCCUGGAGUUAUCACAGGAAAUGGUGCAGAAGUGGGACCAAAAGGGAGCAAAGGACUUCCAGGAUUUCCAGGACCCAAAGGCGAGCGUGGAUAUCCUGGGUUGACAGGGCCUCCUGGCUUGUCAGGGCCUCCAGGGAUUGCAGGUAUAGGCCCACCUGGUCCACCUGGUUUGCCUGGGGAGCGAGGACAGAAGGGUAUUCAAGGUCUACCCGGAGUUUCCAUACCUGGACAGCCUGGACUUGAUGGACGGCCAGGGCCACCUGGACCGCCAGGUGCCCCUGGACCUCCCGGAACAACUAUCCCUCCUAGUGACAGAGUGUGUCAGCGAGGACCCCCGGGUUUUCCAGGACUUCCAGGAGAAAAAGGGUUUAUGGGGGAGCGAGGCCAGAAAGGUGAUAAGGGAGAGACGUGCUUUAAUUGUAUAGGAACUGGCAUUUCUGGGCCUCCUGGGGACAGGGGACCACCCGGACCUCCAGGUAGCCCAGGGUCUCCUGGUUUCCCGGGACCGAAAGGUGAAAAAGGGCUAACUGGCUUAACCGGGCUGGUCGGGCCACCAGGAUUUCCAGGACCUCCAGGUGCCCUUGGGCUUCCUGGUUCUAAAGGGGACCCCGGGGACAGCCUAGCUUUCCCAGGCCUGAAAGGUGACAAAGGGGACACUGGUUUCCCAGGAUCUCCUGGUCUUCCUGGCAUAGAUGGCUCUCCUGGACGAGAAGGACUGCCAGGUCUUCCUGGACCCAAGGGGGAACCUGGUGGUGUUGCUUUCAAAGGAGGAAUGGGACCUCCGGGUGAUCCAGGAGUGCCAGGUCUUCCUGGAGACAGAGGACCUAUGGGACCUCCUGGUUUUGGCCCACAAGGUCCUCUAGGUGAAAAAGGCAUUCAAGGUGUAUCGGGUCGUCCAGGUCCCCCAGGAGUUCCAGGUCCGAAAGGUGAACCUGGUGAAACUAUUACAGAACCAGGAGUUCCAGGCUCCCCUGGACCUCCAGGAAGAAAUGGUGAAGUAGGACUUCCAGGUGAUCCUGGUCUGCCAGGUCAGCCUGGCUUGCCAGGCAUCUCAGGUCCUAAGGGUGAUCCAGGUAUACCUGGCAUUGGACUUCCAGGCCCACCAGGCCUAAAAGGUUUCCCAGGAAUGGCUGGCCCCCCAGGAGCACCAGGAGCCCCUGGACGACCAGGGCUCGAAGGGCGACCAGGACAGUCUGGUUUCCCAGGUCAAAAGGGGGACCCUGGAUUUGGUGUCCCGGGACCACCUGGGCCACCAGGGCCACCGGGUUUUAAAGGAGCUCAGGGACUGAAAGGUGAUCCUGGCUUCCCAGGAAACCCUGGUUUGCCAGGGCGGUCAGGUUCAGAUGGAACUCCUGGGCCAAAAGGUGACCCUGGACCAAGCGGACCACCUGGGUUAGUGGGACCCCCAGGGUUCCCGGGAAUUGGUGGUCAAGGUCCACCGGGACAACCUGGCCCUUCAGGACCUGUGGGCCCACCAGGUCCACCAGGAUUACAAGGAGUUCCAGGUGAGAAAGGAGAUCCUGGCCCUCCUGGAUUCGACAUCCCUGGUCCACCUGGUGACAGAGGCAGUCCAGGAUUUCCAGGAACACCAGGUCUCACUGGGCCUCCAGGUUCACCAGGACCACCAGGACGAGAUGGAAUAUCAGGAUUUCCAGGUGCCAAAGGUGAGAUGGGUGUGAUGGGAGCUCCAGGUCCACAAGGCCCUCCUGGAACUCCUGGCAGAGAUGGCUUUCCUGGUCCUAAAGGCAGUGAUGGUUUACCAGGUCAACCAGGACCUUCUGGACUGACAGGGCAGAAAGGCACGAAAGGUGAAACAGGCCUGCCAGGUCCCCCUGGACAAGUUGAUCCAAGCAAGCUGGGAUCAAAAGGAGAGAAAGGCGAGCCAGGCAUUGCAGGUAUUCCUGGAGUAUCAGGCCAGAAAGGUUAUCAAGGUCUCCAAGGCGACCCAGGGCCACCUGGAUUCAAUGGGCAACCAGGUGCACCAGGAUUUCCAGGCCCCAAGGGAGAGCCAGGGCUUCCUGGGCAGUCAGGACCAGCAGGACCUCCAGGACAAAAAGGUGCCAUCGGAGAGACGGGGCUUCCAGGUGUCCCAGGUAUUAAAGGCUCUCAAGGCAUAGCAGGACGUCCUGGCCAGCCUGGCCCACCAGGAUUUCCAGGAUUAAAGGGGGAGAAAGGCAACCCAGGUCUUUCAGAUAUUGGAAUCCCUGGCCCUAAGGGUGACACUGGUUUCCCUGGAUACCCAGGUAACCCUGGCAGCAAAGGUACACCUGGAAAUCCUGGUUUGGCUGGAUUACCAGGUAAUCCAGGUGCAAAAGGAGAAGCAGGCCUUCCUGGAUUCCCAGGGCCACCAGGAAUUCUAGGACCAAAAGGUAUUGAUGGACCCCCAGGUAAUCCUGGUCUCCCUGGAUCACCUGGGCCACCAGGUGGUGAUGGCCGUCCUGGCCCCCCAGGUCUUCCAGGGGAGAAAGGGCAACCAGGUCGGGAUGGUAUUCCUGGACCAGCUGGACAGAAGGGUGAACUAGGUCAACCAGGUUUUGGGCGCCCAGGACCUCCUGGACUCCCAGGAUUAUCAGGGCAAAAGGGCGAGAUGGGAUUACCUGGCCCUCCAGGAGCCCCUGGACUUACAGGUUUGAAGGGUGAACCAGGUUUCCAGGGAUUCCCCGGUCUACAAGGUCAACAAGGUCCACCAGGCCUGCCUGGGCCACCUAUGGAAGGUCCUAAAGGUAGUCCUGGUCCACAAGGUGUACCGGGGAGACCAGGUCCUUCAGGUCCUCCAGGUCUGCCAGGGCCAGAAGGUCCACGGGGUCCCCGUGGAAAUGGAGGAUUUAAAGGAGAAAAAGGAAACCCAGGUCAGUCAGGCCAGCCUGGCCUCCCUGGUCUAAAAGGAGAUCAAGGACAACCUGGACGCCAGGGUGAUCCUGGUCGUCCCGGCCUGAAUGGAAUGAAAGGUGAUCCUGGGGUUCCAGGUGUUCCAGGAUUUCCAGGUAUGAAGGGUCCCAUUGGCCCUCCAGGAGCAAUUGGUUUUAAAGGUGAUCAAGGCCCAUCAGGUUCACCAGGUCCACCAGGCUUACCUGGCCCUGCUGGACAAACCAUUGUAGUAAAAGGUGACCCGGGUCCUCCAGGUCCACCAGGCCAGCCUGGAUUGAAAGGGCCACCUGGAUUGUCAGGCCCACCAGGAUUGCCAGGUCCAAUAGGCCUUCCUGGGGAUCCUGGGCGAGAUGGACUUCCUGGAUUUGAUGGUCCAGGAGGACGCAAAGGCGAGAGAGGACUUCCCGGCCAACCAGGCUUUCAAGGUACACAGGGACCCCCUGGUCCUGAUGGCUUGCAAGGCCCACCAGGUCCUCCUGGAACAGCUUCUGUUGCUCAUGGAUUCCUUAUAACUCGACACAGCCAGACUACAGACACACCACUGUGCCCACAAGGAACAAUAAGGAUAUACGAUGGAUUUUCUCUUCUGUACGUGCAGGGAAAUGAGAGAGCCCAUGGCCAGGACUUAGGUACUGCUGGGAGCUGUCUCCGCCGUUUCAGCACCAUGCCCUUCAUGUUCUGUAACAUCAACAAUGUGUGUAAUUUUGCAUCAAGAAAUGAUUAUUCCUAUUGGCUGUCCACUCCAAAGCCAAUGCCAAUGAGCAUGGAGCCACUGACUGGGCAGAGCAUUCAGCCAUUCAUUAGCCGAUGUGCAGUGUGUGAAGCUCCUGCCAUGGUUAUUGCUGUCCACAGUCAGACCAUUCAAAUUCCAUCAUGUCCGCAAGGUUGGGACUCUCUUUGGAUUGGUUAUUCUUUCAUGAUGCACACUAGUGCUGGUGCAGAGGGCUCUGGACAGGCCUUGGCAUCCCCAGGUUCCUGUUUGGAAGAAUUCCGCUCAGCUCCUUUUAUUGAGUGUCAUGGUCGUGGUACUUGUAAUUACUACGCUAAUUCAUACAGUUUCUGGCUGGCAACUGUAGAGAUAUCAGAAAUGUUUAGUAAACCUCAGUCAGAGACAUUGAAAGCUGGAGACCUGAGGACACGUAUUAGUCGUUGUCAAGUUUGUAUGAAGAGGACGUAA